AAAAGAAGAGCCAUAUCUUCCGGCUGUUUCAACGUUUAGUUUGCAUUGCAACAUAGCACGAUUGCACUCGAGAAGAUACCAUGAACACAAUACACAUAAUAACACUACUACUGCCGCUAGUGGUGAGCUCAUUGCCUAUUGAUCUAGCCUCAGAUUACUUCCAAGGGUUUGAGGUAAACGAGACAGCCGUUGUGGAGUAUAUCGCAUCCAGGAACCCUCAUUUGAAUUUGAAGAGAUUACCACCAAUCGGGUCUCUACCUCUAGAUGCCAAUACCAAAGUGUUAGCACCUGGGGAGAUACCGGACUAUGUGCUGGCGUACUGUCCUAAAGUUCAUCUCUACACAGAGGAGACAUACCUCCCCUAUGACAUUGCAGACUACGUGAGGUAUUUCCACGUUGAGACGAAGAACCAUACCGUGAUACACAACGCACCUUUAUCACUGCCCAUGUUGGCUUCAUUUGCGAAGAAUGAGAGUUUGAAGGACGAGGAGCUGUUCUUAACCUCGGAUCAUGAGUUUGAUAACGAUCCAGAGUGGCUGACGGGUAAGCUGAACAAGCCUGAUCUAUCGACAGGAAGAAUACGGGAUGCUCCAAGUACCCUAAUAGUUGUCGACAAGGGGAAUGGGUGGGUAGAUGCGUAUUGGUUUUACUUCUACUCCUUCAAUUUGGGACCUUUCGUCAUGGGUCAUGGUCCAUACGGGAAUCACAUUGGUGAUUGGGAACACUCUCUAACGAGAUUCUACAAGGGCAUUCCAGUUUACGUGUGGAUGUCUGCUCAUGGUGGUGGCGGUGCGUAUUACUACAGUGCCCUUGAGAAGACGGACACUGGCAAACCUGUCAUAUUCAGCGCUAGGGGUACUCAUGCCAAUUACCCGUCCACUGGCCAACAUUCCCACGACCUACCAUUUGGAAUCUUGAGCGACUUUACAGACCGUGGUGCUCUUUGGGACCCAUCGUUGAACUAUCUGGGAUACACAUGGGAUGGCUCCAGCGUGUCUCCAGUGAGUAACACCAGUAAACCCGACAACCACAGAGAAUUGGCAUAUGGCGACUGGCUGUUAUACGAUGGUCGUUGGGGAGACGACAAAUUACCACCCAACGAUCCUCGCCAGCGUUGGUCGCCCUGGGAAUGGAAGUACAUAGAAGGGCCUACUGGGCCCCUCACCAAGCACCUUGAGAGAAGUGCGCUCUGCCAAAGGGCCAAGUGGUACAAUUUUGCACAGAGAUGUCCAGCCAAGAAGUUCAUCUCGCUGGGCCAUGGACCUGAAAGGGAGAGUGGUGUUGUCUGUGCCGAUCUCUGGCACUGGGUAAGGCCUCUGUGGGCGAAAUGGGCAUUGGAACAACUAACAUGGGGUGGUGGUCUCUGCUGGCUUUCCAACGCAAUCUGGGGCUAACAGUAUGCACCGAUUACGGAACGCAGCGGGCGAAUUGAUAUCUGGCAGCUCAACGUGACUG